AUGUCUCCACCACUCUCCAAGCAAGAUCAAAUUGCAUUUUAUAACUCUGGUCUAGAUGUUGUCUCCAUGCUCACUAAUUUCCAUUUCUAUCCAAGUAUGGAAUCCAUUCUGAUUUACAUGUCAGCAGUUGUCUUUUGUGUGCUUGCAACAUUGAUUUUACCUGGAAAGAGAGAACCAGGUGCACCAUUGAAAGAUGGUUCUCGUGUUCUCUACAAGACGAAUGGUCUUAGUGUCAUUUUGGCUUCCAUUCUUGUCUAUGGCUUAUUUGGUGAAUUGUUGACUGUCAGUUUAGUGUGGAGUAUCAUUUUGACAACCAUUUUAUACAUUAGAGGUGCAUUCUUUAUUCCAGAAAAGGAAAGAAAUUUCUUGUACCCAAAGUAUAACAUUAUUAUGAAUUUUUGGUGUGGUGUUGAAUUGAAUCCUCACUUCUUUGGGUUUGAAAUUAAGGAAUUCUCUUAUAGACCUGCGUUUGCAAUGAUGAGUGUUUUAAAUUUGAGCUAUUUAUUUGAACAAAUUAGAUUGUAUGGAUAUCCAUCUCCAAAUUUGGUAACAUUCCAAGCCAUCAGUUUCUUUUAUACGAUUGAUGCCUUUGUAUUUGAAUAUGGAAUGAUUUAUAUGUUUGACAUUAUUGAGGAAAACUUUGGUUUCAUGUUAGUCUUUGGAGACUACAUGUGGAUGCCAUUUGUAUUCACUCUUCAAAAUCUCUAUCUCAUCAAUGACUUGUCCUACAAUCCAAUUCAAACCUAUGCCAAUAUUGCCAUCUUUAUUAUUGGUUAUAUCAUCUUUAGAGGUGCAAAUAAUCAAAAAUUUGUCUAUCGUCAAGAUCCAAAGAAGGUUUGGUUAGGAUUGAUUGAACCCAUCACUUUGGAAACUUCUCGUGAUCGUAAAUUACUCAUUUCUGGAUUCUGGGGUGUUGCUCGAAAGAUUAACUAUUUGGGUGAUAUUUUAAUUGCAGUGAGUCAAAGUUUACCAUGUUGGCAAAGUCCAUACUUGUUACCAUGGUUGUAUCCCAUUUAUUUGACCAUUUUGUUAUUGCAUCGAGCACACAGAGAUAAUGAACGAUGUAAAGAAAAGUAUGGAAAAUUUUGGGAUGAGUAUUGCAAGAAGGUGAGGUGGAUUAUGAUUCCAGGAAUUUAUUAA